AUGACUGCGAUACGAAAGGACAGGGAUAAGAUGGAGAGAAAAACUAAGGAUCUGCAAGAAGACCGCGAUAAACUGAAGCAACGGUUGAAGAAAUACUACGCCAGACGACGCUUGUUUGAGAUCGAUCAGCGAACGUGUAAGAACUGCAAUAAGGAGUACAUGGAAUCAGCUAACUUCAACUGGAGUUGCCGAACGCAUCAGUCAGAGUUCGGCGGUGAGCUCUGGUGGUGUUGCGGUAAGACGGGGAAAGAUGCUCCCGGAUGCAAGUUUGCGAAACAUGAGUCCAAAGACGAAGAUGAGUACAAUACCUUAUUAGAUGAGGACGAUGUUGACGAAGAAAAUGGUGAUGCUAAAGAGGAAACCGGAGGAGCCGGGGAGAAAAACAGGAAGCAUAAACCACGACGAAAUGUGCGAUGUUUCUCAUGCAAGGAAAUGGGGCAUUCAGCUGAGGCGUGCCCGAAGGACCCCAAUAUGAGAAUCGUUUGGGGUAAGGCAGACCAUACAGCAUACGAAGCAGUAGAGGUGAUAGCCUUAGCCGACAAGGCCGACUUUGAUGAUAUUAACUCGAGUAUAACGGAGAAAGCAAAGUCGCGUAGUGGAGCGAUCACGGCCCUGGUGAACGCGAAGAGCCGAACAGGAGAUACUCUGCUUACCUUAGCCGCAAAGCACAACAGUCGGAAGUGCAUUGAAGUCCUUACUAGACUUGGAUGUGAUGUGAAUGCUCAAGACGCCAGCGGUCGGACAGCUUUCUUCAUUGCAUGUGCUAGGAACAAUGUCGCAAUUGCCAAGCAUCUCUUUCACCGUGCGGCCUGCGACCCGGACAUCGUCGAUGAUGGCGGCUUCACGGGCUUCGCUUCAGCUCUACUGUUUGGCAAUGCUGAGAUAGUUCGAUGGUGGCUAACGAGGGUGUCGAGGAGCGCUGCCACUGACGAGAUUCCCGGCCUGUCCAACACGGCAUCGUGGAGUCCUUUCUUGCUAGCAGUACAUCUGGGCCACUUUGAGAUAGUAAGGACACUCUCCCAGUACAUCGGAAAGGUUUCGAUGAAUGCCAAGGAUGCGGAGGGGCGGGGGGCGCUGUUUCUGGCAGCUUUUGGAGGCAGACUUGAGCUGGCCGAGUAA